AUGCACUCCGAGGACCUGCACGCCUGGUCUAUAUACAGGCAGAAUCUGAACUCCGACUUUACAGACAGCGCGCUAGGCAGCACCGACAAGAGUCCUCUGCCCUACGGAAACUUCCAGCUCAGAGAUACGACAGUGCAAUCCAUACUCUCCCAUCCACGAUAUGGCCCAAAAUCUGCCCUUGGUUCCAACAUGUACACCUACCUAAAAUUCGGAUUGCCUCGAGUUUUCCCGCCGAACCACAAUGGCUCUCAACGAUCUGGUACGCCCAAACCAAAGACCUCCAUUGGGAGCGGCAUGAAAUCUGUACCAAGGGUUCAAAGACAGAGUCGAGGCGUACGCGAAACUUCAUCUGGGUAUGAUAGCUCGGACAAUGAAACCUCCACCAACUACAAGUAUAGUCGCAAAUACCGCUCCGACCCCGAUUUUAGAAUGCAAAAUUUACACCCAUCGUAUCAGCACGCGACGGGCGUGCCGCUGGCGGCGAUGCAAGCGGCAGGCGCGCGCUCGCAGUGGGCCGCCGCACGGCUGCGCUCGCACAGCGAGGCCAACCUGCUAGCAGCCGAGCGCGCGCACCGCCGCCGCCCCAGCGCUACCGAGUACGCGCCCGACAACGACCACAACAGUUACUUGAUGCCUUCAUCGCACCUUGGCGGCCGCAUGUCCAAAGCCGGAAGUCACUUAUCACUAGCACAAUCCAGGAAGCACUCCACACUACGACCUGGUGAUCAACUGGAUGGUUAUACGCACUCGGCGUACAUCUAUCCCAAUUAUUACGUAAACAGUCUGGAAAUCACAUCUCCAGAAAACAAGUCGACUCUCCUUGUGUCUGGGCUAAGCUUCGAGGUUAAAUCUGGGGAGAUAUUGGCAGUCUUGGCUACAUCCCAACAUGAGGCUACUGGGCUUUUGGAUGUACUCGCUGGAGUCCGGAAGAAAUUAUCAGGAGACAUUGUGUUAAAUGGUCAACCGGUGGCAUCCUCUACACUUCGCAAAGUAGCAGCCUACGUACGGAAGGACACGUCUCUAUGUCCGUCGAUGACCGUAGAGCAUACGUUGCGGUUCCACGCGGCUUUGCGGAGGCCUAGACAUAACCAUAAUCAGGUCAAAAUGGAUGACAGGGAUCAGAUAAACCUUCUUAUAGAAGAAUUGGGGCUUGAACAAGUUCGAGACACAAAUGUGAGUCGGUUGACACGUUCAGAAAUCCGAAGACUUAACGUUGCCUGUCAACUAUUGUUAGACAUGGCAGUACUGAUACUGGACCAACCUACUAAAGAAAUGGACAUUUUCGACACCUUCUUCCUCGUGGAAUACUUGAGGAACUGGGCUAGUACUGGACGCGUCGUCAUAAUGUCAUUGCACCCACCUACUUAUGAAAUAUUCGCUAUGCUUACUAAGGUUGUUCUGAUAUCAGCUGGUAGGACAAUGUUCAGUGGAUAUAGAAGAGACAUGUUGCCAUAUUUUGCCUCAAUCGACUACCCAUGUCCUGCUUUCAAAAAUCCAUCCGAUUACUAUUUGGACUUAGUGACUCUAGAUGACCUAUCAGCGGCCGCAAUGCUGGAGUCGUCCGGGCGCAUCGAGGCCCUGGCGGGAGUGUUUGCGGGCGCGCAAUCGCCGCCGGAGCCACCGCCGCCCGUGCCGCUGCCGGCGCCGCUUCACCGCCCCAACGCACUGCUGCAAGCUUUCGCCCUUACCGAGAAAAGCUUGUUGUACACCCAAAUGGGCACUCUCUCCAAUGUAAUUACGCGGAUAAUAAUAGCGGCAGUCAUGUCACUCGUCACAGGAACCGUGUUCUGGGAUCUGCCGGCCACAGAUGCUAAGCUUACACAAAACGAUAGGGUUGGUUUCCAUUAUUCGGUAAUGUGUUUGUCGGCAUGGCCGUUACUACUGUGGCUGAGUGCCAGAGAGGCCAGCUCCAUGCGACAUUACGUGGAAAGGGACAUCGCAGUCGGACUGUAUUCGAGGCCGGUGUUUAUACUUUUUGACCAAUUCCUCGAACUUUGGUCUGCGAUACUAACAUGGUUAGCAUACUUGGUGCCAAGUUACGCGAUGAGCGGUUUGUACGCGCAGUCACCCGGCUCACUUGACGGUUUCUAUAUUUAUUUAGGGUAUAUGCUGCUAUACCUAAUCAGCAUACAGAUGCUUUGCCGUGCAAUGGUGUUCCUUGUUCCAAUGGAGAAGACCUCCUCUGUAGUAUCAGGCUUAGUUCUGCUUCUCACCACAUUGGUGAACGGCGUGAUGCUACACCAACAAGAUUUACCUUCGUAUGCCCGCUGGCUGGAAUACGUCUCCCCUUCAAGAUGGACUUUGCCGGAGAUUCUACAGCGGGAGCUCAGUGAAAUAGCUUUGAAAAGUAGCAUCAGUAAAGAAAUUAGAUGUACCAAUAAACAGAGACCAUAUCAAGACAUAAUAGUACAAUCGCCAUGCCCACCUCCUAACGGAACUCAAGUGCUAUCCAACUACGAGUACUUAAGAUCUGACAACAUAUGGGAGUGGAACGAGCAGAGCUUCCUCAUAGCUCUAGCUGUUUUCUAUGCGGUUUUCGCUCUAGUCGCCAUAAUAGCUUUUGUAGUAGACUGUACUAAAUACGUUAAGAGUAAAGAGAGGAAGUCGUUAAAGGGGCACAAAGUUACUGUGAACACACCUUAA